AUUCACAGAGCAUUUCUAAACUGUUGUCAAAAUCUUCUUCUGCUAUUCAUUCUUCUGAAGUUCUUGUAUUCAAUCAUGGGUACGUGUAGUUUGUCUAACGUGAUUUUCUCGUUUGUGUUUCUGAUGUUGUUCUCAGCAAGCAGCCACACGAUGGUUGCUGGAGCACGUGUUCUUUUGGAACCAACAUUGUCAAAACCAGAAGUGUCACAACUUCCUAAACCCCAGUUUUCAGCAUCAAAUAUCCCUGCAUUCCCAAAGCUUGAGCUCCCUAAGGUUCCUGAGUUGCCCAAUAUAGCUGAAAUACCACCUUUGAAGAUUCCUGAAUUGCCUAAACUCGAAUUUCCAAAGGUUACUGAAUUAUCUAAGCCAGAGUUAUCUAAAGUUCCUGAAUUGUCUAAACCAGAGUGGCCUAAAGUUCCUGAAUUGUCUAAACCAGAGUUGCCUAAAGUUCCUGAAUUGCCUAAGCCAGAGUUGCCUAAAGUACCUGAGAUGCCUAAGAUCCCUGAAUUGCCUAAACCCGAGUUAUCUAAGGUUUCAGAAUUUUCAAAGUUAGAGUCGCCUAAAGUCCUUGAAGUGCCUAAGUCUGAGUUGCCCAAAGUUCCUGAAUUACCUAAGUUCGAGUUGCCUAAGCCAGAAUUGCCUAAAAUCCCUGAAUUUCCUAAACCCGAGUUGCCUAAAGUUCCUGAAUUGCCUAAACCAGAGCUACCUAAAGUUCCUGAAUUGUCUAAAUCAGAGUUGCCUAAAGUUCCUGAAUUGCCUAAACCAGAGUUGCUUAAAGUUCCCGAACUACCUAAACCAGAGUUACCUAAAGUACCUGAAUUGCCUAAACCAGAGUUGCCUAAAGUUCCUGAAUUGCCUAAACCAGAGUUACCUAAAGUUCCGGAAUUGUCUAAGCCAGAGUUGCCUAAAGUACCUGAGAUGCCUAAGAUCCCUGAAUUGCCUAAACCCGAGUUAUCUAAGGUUUCAGAAUUGUCAAAGUUAGAGUCGCCUAAAGUCCCUGAAGUGCCUAAGUCUGAGUUGCCCAAAGUUCCUGAAUUACCUAAGUCUGAGUUGCCUAAGCCAGAAUUGCCUAAAAUCCCUGAAUUUCCUAAACCCGAGUUGCCUAAAGUUCCUGAAUUGCCUAAACCAGAGCUACCUAAAGUUCCUGAAUUGUCUAAAUCAGAGUUGCCUAAAGUUCCUGAAUUGCCUAAACCAGAGUCGCCUAAAGUUCCCGAACUACCUAAACCAGAGUUACCUAAAGUACCAGAGUUGCCUAAAGUUCCUGAAUUGUCUAAACCAGAGUUACCUAAAGUUCCCGAAUUGCCUAAGCCAGAGUUGCCUAAAGUACCUGAGAUGCCUAAGAUCCCUAAAUUGCCUAAACCUGAGUUAUCUAAGGUUUCAGAAUUGUCAAAGUUAGAGUCGCCUAAAGUCCCUGAAGUGCCUAAGUCUGAGUUGCCCAAAGUUCCUGAAUUACCUAAGUUCGAGUUGCCUAAGCCAGAAUUGCCUAAAAUUCCUGAAUUUCCUAAACCCGAGUUGCCUAAAGUUCCUGAAUUGCCUAAACCAGAGUUACCUAAAGUUUCUGAAUUGCCUAAACCAGAGUUGCCUAAAGUUCCUGAAUUGCCUAAACCAGAGUUGCCUAAAGUUCCCGAAUUGCCUAAGCCAGAGUUGCCUAAAGUACCUGAGAUGCCUAAACCCGAGUUAUCUAAAGUUUCUGAAUUGUCAAAUUUAGAGUCGCCUAAAGUCCCUGAAGUGCCUAAGUCCAAGUUACCUCAAAUCCCUGAAUUGCCUAAACCCGAGUUGCCUAAAGUUUCCGAACUACCUAAACCAGAGUUGCCUAAAGUACCUGAGAUGCCUAAGACCCCUGAAUUGCCUAAGCCCGAGUUAUCUGGAGUUCCUGAGUUGUCCAAAGUUCCUGAAUUACCAAAGUUUGAGUUGCCUAAGCCGGAGUUGCCUAAAAUUCCUAAAUUGUCUAAACCAGAGUUACCUAAAGUUUUCGAAUUGCCUAAGUCAGAGUUACCUACAAUCCCUAAAUUACCUAAACCAGAAUUUCCUAAAAUUCCUGAGUCGAUGAAACCGAAGUUGCCUAAAGUUUCAGAACUACCAAAGCAAGAAAUUCCUUAAAUGCCUAAGAUUCUGAAUUGUCAAGUACAAGUUGUCUUCAAUAUCUAAGAAGCCUAGAGUUCCUGUAACAUUUUCAUGCACCAAUCCUGGAGUUCGAAUCAUGCCAUUUGUCGUCUUGUCCUUAGUUGAUAACUGGAUGCAUUCCGGUGCCUAGUUCUUUCUGCUUCAUGGAUGUGAUGAGAUUCUUAUGAAAUUUCGGUUGUGUAUAAUAUGUUAUAGCUGGUUGAGAGUUGAGUGUGUUUUGGUUUAUUCGUGUUUUGAACCUUUCUAUGUAAGUUAUAUCCGGUGUGAAGUUCUUUACAUAUACUACAACAUAGUGAUAUACAUAUCUUCAUGUGUUAAUUGUUGGGAAUUUAAUACGAUUGUAUUUGCUUGAUAUUACUUCCA